CGGCGCGGCGGAGCCAUGGAUGGCCCGGCGCGGGGCCAUGGACUCCGCAAGAAGCGGCGGUCGCGGUCGCAGCGAGACCGGGAGAGGCGCUCCCGGGGCGGGCUGGGGGCCGGCGCGGCCGGCGGCGGCGGGGCCGGCCGGACCCGGGCGCCCUCGCUCGCCUCGUCGUCGGGCUCCGACAAGGAAGACAAUGGGAAGCCCCCGUCCUCCGCCCCGUCCCGGCCCCGGCCCCCGCGGAGGAAGCGCAGGGAGUCCACCUCGGCCGAAGAGGACAUCAUCGAUGGAUUUGCCAUGACCAGCUUUGUCACUUUUGAAGCGCUGGAGAAAGAUGUAGCACUUAAGCCUCAGGAACGUGUGGAGAAACGCCAGACCCCUCUGGGCAAGAAGAAACGGGAAGCACUCACCAACGGCCUGUCCUUUCACUCCAAGAAGAGCCGGCUCAGCCGCGCGCACCACUGCGGCUCCGAUCGAGAGAAUGACCGUAACCUCUGCCAGCACCUGGGGAAGAGGAAGAGGAUGCCGAAGGGACCCCGGCAGCUCAAGCCAGGCCAGAACAGCUGCAGAGACAGUGACAGUGACAGCGGAGAAUCCAAAGGCUUCCACCGGAGCAGCUCUCGGGAAAGGCUCAGCGAUAGUUCAGCUCCCUCCAGCUUGGGAACAGGCUACUUCUGUGACAGCGACAGUGACCAGGAAGAGAAGGCAUCAGAUGCCAGCUCUGAAAAACUCUUCAAUACUGUUAUUGUAAACAAAGAUCCGGACUUAGGGGUUGGCACCCUCCCAGACCAUGACAGCCAGGAUGCGGGGCCAAUUGUCCCCAAGAUAUCGGGUCUAGAGAGAAGCCAGGAGAAGAGCCAGGACUGUUGCAAAGAGCCGAUCUUUGAGCCCGUGGUGCUGAAAGACCCCUGCCCUCAGGUCCCUCAGUCACUGCCCCAGGCCCAGGCGGAGCCCCAGCCCCGAGCUCCUUCUCCAGACCCCGACCUGGUGCAGCGCACGGAGGCGCCCCCUCAGCCCCCACGUCCAAGCACACAGCCGCCCCAGGCGCCCCCAGAGGCCCAGCCUCAGCCCGCCCCUCAGCCUGCAGUGCAGAGGCCGCCGCGGCCGCAGUCUCCGGCCCAGCUGCUGCACCAGAGCCUCCCGGCCGUGCAGGCGCACCCCUCGUCCCAGAGCCUCUCCCAGCCCUUGUCGGCCUACAACAGCAGCAGCUUGAGCCUCAACAGCCUAAGCAGUAGCAGAAGCAGCACCCCGGCGAAGACUCAGCCCGCCCCUCCUCACAUCUCUCACCACCCCUCGGCCUCCCCGUUCCCCCUCUCCCUGCCCAACCACAGCCCCCUGCACAGCUUCACGCCCACCCUCCAGCCCCCCGCACACUCACAUCACCCCAAUAUGUUUGCCCCUCCCACGGCUUUGCCUCCCCCACCGCCGCUGACUUCAGGGAGUCUGCAGGUCCCCGGACACCCGGCCGGAAGCACUUACUCAGAGCAAGACAUCUUGCGGCAGGAACUGAACACGCGUUUUCUGGCGUCUCAGAGUGCUGACCGCGGGGCUUCCCUGGGCCCUCCGCCCUACCUGCGGACCGAGUUCCACCAGCACCAGCACCAGCACCAGCACACGCACCAGCACACGCACCAGCACACCUUCACGCCGUUUCCCCACGCCAUCCCGCCCACCGCCAUCAUGCCGACGCCAGCACCUCCCAUGUUUGACAAAUACCCUACAAAAGUUGACCCAUUCUACCGGCACAGUCUCUUCCAUUCCUACCCUCCUGCGGUGUCGGGCAUCCCCCCUAUGAUUCCACCCACCGGCCCGUUCGGUUCACUACAAGGAGCAUUUCAGCCCAAGACAUCCAACCCUAUCGAUGUUGCUGCUCGACCCGGGACAGUCCCACAUACUCUGCUCCAGAAGGACCCGAGGUUGACAGAUCCUUUCAGACCUAUGUUAAGGAAACCAGGGAAGUGGUGUGCUAUGCACGUUCACAUCGCCUGGCAGAUCUACCACCACCAGCAGAAGGUCAAGAAACAGAUGCAGUCAGACCCGCAUAAGCUGGACUUCGGAUUGAAACCCGAGUUCCUGAGCCGCCCCCCGGGCCCCAGCCUCUUUGGAGCCAUCCACCACCCCCAUGACCUGGCCCGGCCUUCAACUUUGUUCUCUGCCGCUGGUGCUGCACACCCAACCGGGACCCCUUUUGGGCCACCCCCCCACCACAGCAACUUCCUUAACCCUGCCGCUCACCUGGAGCCUUUUAACCGUCCGUCUACGUUCACUGGCCUCGCAGCGGUUGGUGGCAAUGCCUUCGGGGGACUCGGAAACCCUUCAGUUACACCCAACUCAAUGUUCGGCCACAAGGAUGGCCCCAGUGUGCAGAACUUUAGCAACCCUCACGAACCCUGGAACCGGCUCCACCGCACGCCUCCGUCGUUCCCGACCCCUCCGCCCUGGCUGAAGCCAGGGGAGCUGGAGCGUAGCGCGUCCGCUGCAGCUCAUGACAGAGAUAGAGAUGUAGAUAAACGAGACUCCUCCGUUAGUAAAGAUGACAAAGAAAGGGAAAGCGUUGAGAAGAGACACUCCAGCCACCCUUCACCAGCACCCGUCCUCCCGGCGAGCGCCCUGGGACCUAACCGUAGCUCCGCUGAACAGAUCAGGGGUCAUUUGAACACUGAGGCGCGUGAGAAAGACAAAUCCAAAGAGAGGGAGAGAGACCACUCGGAGUCCCGCAAGGACCUGGCCGUCGACGAGCACAAGGCGAAGGAGGGCCACCUGCCCGAGAAGGACGGCCACGGCCACGAGGGGCGAGCCGUGGGCGAAGAGGCCAAGCAGCUAGCCCGGGUGCCGUCGCCCUACGUGCGGACCCCCGUGCUGGAGAGCGCCAGGCCCAACAGCACCUCCAGCCGCGAGGCCGAGCCACGCAAGGGCGAGCCGCCCUACGAGAACCCCAAGAAGGGCUCGGAGGUCAAGGUGAAGGAGGAGCGCAAGGAGGACCACGACCUGCCUCCAGAGGCCCCACAGACCCACCGGCCGUCGGAGCCGCCGCCUCCGAGCUCCUCGUCCGGCGUGCACCCGGGGCCCCUGGCGUCGAUGCCCAUGACGGUGGGGGUGACCGGCAUCCACCCCAUGAACAGCAUCAGCAGCCUGGACAGGACGCGCAUGAUGACUCCCUUCAUGGGCAUCAGUCCCAUCCCGGGCGGAGAGCGGUUCCCAUACCCUUCUUUCCACUGGGACCCCAUACGGGACCCGCUGAGGGAUCCCUACCGAGAACUUGACAUUCACCGCAGAGACCCGCUGGGCAGGGACUUCCUGCUGAGGAACGACCCCCUCCACCGUCUCUCGACCCCCCGGCUGUACGAAGCCGACCGCUCCUUCCGGGACAGGGAGCCUCACGACUACAACCACCACCACCACCACCACCACCACCCGCUGUCUGUGGACCCUCGGCGGGAACACGAGCGCGGGGCGCACCUAGACGAGCGGGAGCGCCUGCACGUGCUCCGGGAGGACUACGAGCACACGCGGCUGCACUCAGUGCACCCCGCCUCCCUGGACGGGCACCUGCCGCACCCCAGCCUCAUCACGCCGGGGCUCCCCAGCAUGCACUACCCCCGGAUCAGCCCCACGGCGGGCCACCAGAACGGACUGCUCAACAAGACGCCUCCGACGGCCGCGCUGAGCGCGCCCCCACCACUCAUCUCCACGCUGGGGGGCCGCCCCGUCUCACCCCGCAGGACUACUCCUCUGUCCGCAGAGAUGAGGGAGAGGCCCCCUUCCCACACUCUGAAGGACAUCGAGGCUCGGUAAGGAGAGCAGGGCCCGAGCGAGGACGGAGAAGCCCCACACCCACACGACGCCAGACUUGAGAGAGGGAGGGAGGGAGAGCGAGAGAGGACGGACCGCUGCCACGGACUGGGGGCCACGCGCCUCCGCCUCCUCCCCUUGUAAAAAAUGUAUAGACUCCGUGCAGAUUUUGAAAUGUUUUUUUGUAUAUUCUAUGUUGAAAUUUUUCAGAUCUUUUAGCCAAGUCCGAUGUUCUCACGUCCCUAACUCUUUCGGUUUCUCGUAUAAAACUUUGUUGAUUUGAACCAAAACAGCAAAGAUGGCAUACACACCCGGCGCGGUGGUGACUUGGGGGGGAGGCGGCAGCGGCGCCCGCGGUCCG